AUUUUAAUUGAAAAAAUGCUUAAAUUGUGUAAAGUGUCACCAUAUACGAGAAAAUAUUAUUCACCUCAAAUUCGUCAAACUCGAUCCUUCUGGGAGUAUGUUAACAUGAUGUUUAAUAAGCCGGACCCUGCACGUAUAUUGCUGGUAGGCCCAGACCGCGCGUGUGCAGAGUGGGUGUUACGGAAUGGCGGAAAAGUUGUGUGGACCGACGGCAAACGUCUUGAAGAUUACAACAACUUACCGGCCGAAGACGUCCCUGUACCUAAGUUAAAAGAAAUAGAUGGAUCCGAUUCCUCCAUUUCACACUACGGAUUCGCUCACCUUGCUGGAUGCACCAAACUAGAGAAAAUAAUUCUUCACAAUGGUAACUACAUUGAUGACAGGGCUUUGAAGGGUUUGUCUUAUGGAAAAGACACAUUGACCUAUGUUCAGGUGACUAAAUGCGUAGAUGUUCACGAUUCAGGCAUUAAAGAACUCCAAGCUCUAAGAAAACUUCAGACAUUGAUUCUCUAUGAUUUAAUAAAUGUAGAAAAUCUAGAAGCCUGUAAACAAUACCUUAAGUCACAGUUACCUAAUUGUGAUAUUCAAGGUAUGGAAUCCAUUAUAGAAUAAUACAACUAUAUUUACAAAAUAUAACUUUCAAUAACAGACAAAGAAACAACAUGUGAAACUUUAAAAAAUAGUUAAAUUAGCAUGUGUACCUAAUAGCAAAAUAAGACUUGUGGUGAAAAACUUAUAAACCU